AUGUUUAAAGGCGGCUCGGAGCAGAGUAACAGCACCGAGGAAAAAUUACGAGGACCGAGUACUAUCGGUGGCGGUGCUGCUGAAUGGCAGCGAGCACAAAAGGUGAACGGAGUGAGAAACGGCGGCGCGCUCCCAGAAAAAGAUGCCGCGAGCUGGUCAUUAACGAACAAGGGGCAAUAUAUUGACACAGAUUCGCGUUCCCCUUACGAGAACCGUAAAUAUCAGGAAUCGCGGCUGCCACGCGGACGGGAACACGUCCAAAAUAUAGAUCGCGAGAAACAGAUGGUUAUUAGCUCGGGGGACCUCCACGAAUCUUUCGUAGAACCUCUCGAAUGGAUCGAUGACUUCGACAAAGACGUAAGAGUGAGACUGGGUAGAAGUUUAAAGACCGUCGAACCACGUACGAUCACGUAUGCUCGUUCUAACACGAGUGAACGCGAAGAUCGGAUGAAAAGAUCGUCGACGACGAUCGACGAGGGGAAUUCGGUUCACGGUUCCAGCGAAAGUGAUCGAAUUUGGCGCGGCACAACCUUCAAAUCUGAACACUCUGAGAAUGGUGAUAACGCCAGAGUUAAGAGGGAAAUUAUGUUUCCUUACGACGCGUUUUACGACGAUAUCGAUCAGGAGCAUCGCGAUGAUUCUGAGAAAGAGGAAGAGAACAGCGAUCCUCGGCGUUUGAAUUCUUACGACGACGCGAAUAAUGCUCGUCAGAAAUUUUCCGACUUGGACGAGUACGUGGAAAAUUACGACUACUUGGAGGACGAGGAUGAUUACAACAAAGUUGCCAGAAGCGCAAACGCAAAGAAGAAGAAGAAGAAACACGGGAGUCCAAAGAGGCAGAAGAAAGCGAAGAGUAGAAAACGAAGGCAUCACAAGAAACACGCGAAAAAUUCGAAAUCGAAGAAUCACGAGCAUAAGAAACAUAAGAAACACGCGUCUAAAAGCACCAGUCAUCAUACUAACGUUAAAAAGAGUAAAGUCACUCAAAAUGAAUCUGCGAACGAAAGAAAGGGAGGUCGUAAUAAAGACGAAAAAGAAGAUGUAACGAAUGCAGACAACGAUGUCCAAACGAGAAGGAUUUCUUCGCUUUUAACAGCUGACAAUAUGGAAGAUGAAUCACAGAUGGAUUCAGCUCUUCAAGGCGAACUUGCUGGCAAGAUCGUGGAGCAAAUAUUCAAUCAGGUACAAAAGAACGAAGAUUUGAAAAUGUCCUUGGGUCCAGGACUUUAUCAGAAACACAAAACUAGAGACACUGUGGCUGCUGAGAAAUCGUAUCGUCAGGCUAUUAACGACGACGAAAUCAAACACACGGAAGAAUUGUUGAACAAAAUUAUGCUCCUCCUGAAUCGCCUGAUUUUUGACGAAGUACAGAGAAAGACUUGCAUCUCUCUGCCGCCGGAUUUGAUAGAAUUCUUAGACUGGAUGUUGGAGAUUAAUCCGCAAGAAACUUUAAUACAAGUAAUUAAAUCUCGAUGAAAACUUUCGAAAAUAUUCCACGAUUCAACUGUCUUUCAGCAACCAUCGUUGCCACUGAUAAACGAAGGAAAACCCGAAGAUCAUUUUCCACGAGACAAGUUCCUCUUCCAGAGCUUUCCGAACCAAGAAAUGCAGGCAGAAAUCAACGAGUUGUAUACGAAGAUUCGACUGAUCAAAAGUCUGAUAAAGGAGUACAAUACUCUGGGAGACAAAGACAAGGCGAAGAUUCAGUCGAUCCAAGAUUAUCUGGCGAGGCAGCUAGAUUUGUUGCUGGAGUACAUUGAAGCGAAAGAGGAGUCCGAAAAGAAAGGGAAAUGGUCGUCUCCAAUUGGAGGGAGCAGAGGUAAAGACGGGAGCAUUAUUCAGUAUCAAGUAGGAAUGAGUAACGCGAGUAACGGAAGUUAUUCGACGAGGCCAGCUACUUUUUCGCCUUUAAUGAAUGCCCCGAACCCCUUGAAACUGAGCAACGUAAACUUCCUCACGGAUCGAGUACUUUUACGGGAGAACGGUAUUGAUGUUUCUCAUAGAGGGCAGAGAAUAAUCCGGAGCCUGGACAAGCGUGCAAAGCGUAAUAAGAAGCAGAGAAAGCAUAAAAAGCGCAAAAGGAAACACGGUAAGCGUGACAAAGGUGCAAGUGCUAUUGAUCAGUCACGAGAUAAGGACACUGUGCACAAAGCUCCAGCGCUCCGACAAAAACGCGAAUACUUGGACAAAGCCUUUCGGGACUAUGACGAUUCAGGCUACGAGGAACCGUUAAUUUAUACUUCUAUGGAUAUGAGAAACGUGAAGUCGAAAGGAGACGGCGUCGGUACUCUGGAGAAAAGGGAUAACGUGGAAAAUAAAGGUGCAGAAAAUGGUCAUUCCUUGAAAGAGAAACAAGGUAACAUCCAGUCGCAGAUUGGAAGCAAUCUUAACGAAGAUUCCAAAAAGGAUUCGUCGGUAGAGGAAGAAGCUGUAACAGGAAAAAACAUGGUGGAGGACGAAGUAAUACUGCUGAACAAACGUCAAGCAUGGAAAAUGGAGAACGAGCAGCAAUUAGAGGAAGUAGCUUUCGGUGAAGACAUGAGGAAAGCGACGAACGAGAAGAAAUUGUUCGAGAAACUGACCGAAAUCGACAAGAAGAAGAACGAUUUAAAGGAGAAACACAGGGAAAAUCGUCGUGUCAAAGAUUCCUCUACGAACGGCCCAAACCAAAGUGAUAAUUUAUCAAGAGAAUGCUCGGGGCGAAGAUAA